AUGGCAUGGUUUAUGUUGCUCUUCCCCUUCUCCCUCUUGUUUGUGCAUUACUGGUUCAUUGGGAAGACAGGAAAAAAGCAGUGGCAGCAGCAGCGAGAAGACUGCCUCCCGCUCCCGCCUUCGCCGCCGGCAUUGCCCAUCAUCGGGCACCUGCACCUCAUCGGCUCCCUCCCGCACGUCUCCCUCCGCAGCCUCGCCAGGAGGCAUGGCCCCGACGUGAUGCUCCUCCGUCUUGGUGUCGUGCCGACGUUCGUCGUGUCGUCGCCGCGUGCCGCGGAGGCGGUGCUGCGCACGCACGACCAUGUGAUGGCGUCGCGGCCCCGCUCCCAGGUCAAUGACAUCAUCAUGUACGGUGCAUCCGACAUCGCCUUCGCGCCAUAUGGUGAGUACUGGCGGCAGGCGAGGAAGCUCGCCACCACCCACAUGUUGAGUGCUAAAAAGGUGCGGUCUUUCCGCGGCGCCGUCAUGGACGAGGUGAGCAUAGUGAUGGCCAAGAUCAGUAAUGCCGCCGCAGUAGGUGGUACUUUGGACAUGAGUGAGCUGCUCAGGUCAUUCGCAUAUGACAUGGCGUGUCGCAUCGUGUCGGGCGAGUCCUUCCUGAAAGAAAGACGGAGCAAGCUGUGCCAGGACCUUGCCAACGAUACCUCACGGCUGCUAGGAGGGUUCAACGUGGAGGAGUACUUUCCAAUAUUGACUAGGGUAGGAGUGCUUAAAAGAGCAGUUUGUGCAAAGGCUGAGAGAGUGAGGCAUAGAUGGGCCGAAUUGCUGGAAGAGUUGAUUGAUGAUCAUGAGAGCAAGGGCAAGUCAACAUUUGAUCAUAAGGUAGGCGACUUCUUAGAUAUCCUAUUGUCUGCUCAGGAGGAGUAUGGUCUCACCAGAGAUCACAUUAAAGCUCUAUUGACGGAUGUAUUUUUUGGUUUAACAAACACGUCAUCUAACACCCUCGAAUUCACCUUGGCCGAGCUCAUGAGGAGGCCAUGCCUGAUGAGGAAGCUACAAGACGAGGUGAGGAGCAUCGUGCCCCUGGGACAAGAAACUGUCAGUGAAACUAACAUAGACAAGAUGACAUACCUAAGAGCAGUUAUAAAGGAGUCACUCCGGUUGUAUCCUGUUGCACCUUUCCUUCCUCCACACCUUGCCAUGGGCAACUGCAAUGUCGUUGGGUUCAUGGUUCCUGCUGGAACGCACAUCCUUGUCAAUGUAUGGGCCAUUGGUAGGGACUCCAACUCCUGGGAGGACGCGGAAGAGUACAUACCCGAAAGAUUUAUAGAGGAAGGCAGCGCUGUGCAUGUGAACUUCAAGGGGAAUGAUUUCCAGUUCUUGCCGUUCGGGGCAGGACGAAGGAUGUGCCCUGGUAUAAACCUCGGAAUCACCAAUGUCGAGCUUAUGUUGGCUAAUCUCAUGUACCAUUUUGAUUGGGAACUGCCAACCGGGGUUGAGAGAAAGGACAUUGAUAUGGCAGAGGUGUUUGGGCUAACCGUGCGUCGGAAGGAGAAACUGAUGUUAGUUCCAAAAUCACGCAUGUAG